AUGGAGCUGGUAAGCAGAUGUCAUCUACCCGCUGGUACAGCGCCAAUGCAGCCACAGUGCAAAAUCAGCGAGCACCUUCUAUCUCAUCCCGUGCUUGUGCUACAGAACGACGCGCUCGAAAGCGUGAAGGAGAUGCUAAGGCAGCUGGAGGGCCCUCCCACAUCCCUGGAUUCAAAGACGGCUGACGAGCUGGCACGCCUGGGUCUGAUGAUUGGCGGGUUCGAGCCGGCCAUUGGCGUGAAAAACAUCCAGGAGGACGUCACACGCCUUCCUGUUUCCCUUGCCAUAGAAUGGGCCAAGGCUGUUUGUGCAGACCCCACCAAGCUACGUCUUGCCUUGAACCGCAUCAGUCAGAUGCGCGGCAAACAAAGUUCCGAAGACGAUUCCAAACUGCCCGAGAUCCCUGUCAUCCUUCACCGGUUUGCUCGACCACCUUGCAUCAAGAAGGUUGGGCUAGUCAAAGCGAAUCGAAUCAAGGCAAACCCACCCCGUGAGCCGUGCAUCGUGAGCAACGAUGAUGCUACAGCGCCGCUUCGUUUCAACUGCAUCGACAGCUGCACCAAUGACAACUGUGGCGAGCCGUGCUGCAUCACGACGGGCAUCUCUACACAGACCAUACGCAACGACAUGUCGUCACUGAUGACAGCCCACCGUGCCCUUCACCUGGAUAUCGUGCGCGCGCUCCUGGUCGUCAGUCUGGAGGACGAGAGUUUAUUGACGGAAGCGGAGGAGACGGAGGCCGAAGAAGUAUGGGAGGGAUCGCCAGAACUGACCCAGGCGCAAGCCCGCAUGGCUAUCGUGGCGACGUCAGAGCGCGCUUAUGAGAUACUGGCUUCCGCAGACAUGCUCUGGCCUAUCCCCACCUGUUUUUGGUGUGAUGAAGAUCAGUUACCAGCGGUCGAUUGCCGCGCUGUGGUUUCUGAGGAAAAUGGCCCCAAGAACGAAUUUGUGCACAAGGUCAUUCAACCGGUGAAUGCCACGCUGCUGCAGAUGUGCGAGCACGCCAUGGCCCUCACACCACAGUGGAAGCCCUGUAGCUUCUGGUUGCACGCUGCAGCCGAGCCGAUUGACUUGAUGUGGCGUCCAGCUCAGCCCACCCGACCCGCGCAGGUCAUCUACAUUGCUCUGAGUGCAUUGGCAGAGUUCAUUGCGGAGUGUUACGUUGACAACCGUCACGAUGCACACCACGGCGACUUGGACGCCCUACUUGUCGUUGAGGAGGCCAUUUGGCGCUUGUGUGACGGCAAGGCCACCGAGCUAUCUUCCGCUGUAGCCAUUGAGCUUGGCUUCCGCGGAGUGGUCCUCGCUCAGGCGGAUGCCCGUCUCCUGGCGCGCGCGCUGCGACUUCCCUCCCUGUGGGAGUGGGAGGGCUAUGACGAGUGUUUAUAUAUGGCUGCAAAGGGACUAUGUGAAGACGCUGGUCAUCUUGAAAUGCGCCCGUCUCGACGCAAUACGGGCGUGCGCAGUGUCAUCGUCUACUGCGAUCGGAGUCUGUGUGCAGCCGCACCCGCCCAGGGAUUCGACAGCAGCGUGAGCGCCGAGGAUAAGUACAUUAUCGAGGUUGGCGAACGGAUGCUUGCAUCCGACAGAGCUUCACUUGAAGAAGAAACACGCGGGCGCGACGGCCCUUCUGCUCAGACAUCGUUGGAGACAGGAUUUUACAACGAGCGCACCGAGAUUUUGCGGAAGCGGCGCUACAUCCUUCGGCCGCUGUCCUGCUCUUCUGAUAAUGAGAUCGCCAUCACGGCUCAAGAUAUGGUCCAAAAGCCUCCCGACAUGGAGCCCGGUAGUGUGUUGUCGUCGGAGCUGGCCAAGGUGUUGCCUCUGUUUGCCAAGCGGGAGACUGUUGAACAGUUUGCCGGUUUCGCCGCGACGUUGGACGGGGCUUCAAAAGCAUUGGACUUUCUGACCGCUGAGGCCAGCAAGGCUAGCGUGGAAGCGCAUGAGCUGAUCGGACGGGUGCAGCACAGUUUGGUACAGCGACCGCGCCUCAGCUUGACGUGCGGGUCGGCGGCUCUUCAGAUUCACGGCAUGAACAAGCAGCAGGCCAGUGACCUGGAUGAGCUCUUGCGCAACGAUCUCUUUGGCGAGGCGCUGGCGGUUUGGACUUCGUGCCAGCUGCGACGGACCAUCUUUGAGCGCACCAACGAGCAUGUGCCUCUGCUAGCAACGAGUACCCUGCUCGUUGUUCCGUCGCCUUAUCCCACGUUGUCACGUCCCCUUCAAGGCCCUUGUCCAGGCACCGUUGUGCCACCGCUACCAACACACGAUGUGCAGCUGACGAUCAUCAACUUGGGUCGGUCCAGCAUCAACCGCGCGCUUGGUACCCAGCUUGCACUCACGGUUAAGAAGGGGCUGGACGUGCUACGCACGGCUCAAGGGCGUCGUACGAGUUACAUUGUGUGGUUUGUUGACAACAACAGGCCAUUCCGCUUUGAUCUGGCCAUUGUUCGUGAGCAGUGCGGUGGAAGCUUGCGACAAGACGAGGCACAUCGAUGGGGACGGACGCUGCUGGCUGCCUGGUCUUCCUUGCUGUCGCAGGUCGAGCUGGAAGUGACGGAUGUGGAGGAUGAGUUGAGCUCGACCCCGCUGGCCGGGCUGGGGGUGCGGGCCAGCUCGGAAGCGGCGAAGCGGUUGCUUGUCGUGACAUGGCAUCAUGACUUUGCGCGCGAGGCUGAGGCUGCGGCUCUACGCAUGCUACAUACCAUGUGGGUCUCGCAAAACUGCGAGGUGAACUUGCGUCUUCAUGCGUCGUGGAAUGAUAGCGGCUGCUGGGAGGUGAAAACCUGCUCGUAA